GAAACAAAAAAGAAGGAAAAAAGAGGGGAACUGAAAAAUCUUAGGUAUUUGGGGGAAGAGAUGAAUGAAUAAUUAUCCAUUUACAAUCUGCCACGUAUAACGAUCUUUAACCACAUCCACUCUCUCUAAAUUCAGAUACUCAUCUUCCCACUUCUGUUUUAUAUUAAUCCCCCCAAACUCAAAUCACUCUAAAUUAUUUUGUGAUUCUGCUUCUCAUCAACCAUUUUCAAGUGCUGCCUUCCUGGACGAAAGGAGCACGUGUGUGUUACUAGCAAAUUGAUUAAAUGGCUGCUUCAUCAGCAUGCCUCGUCGGAAAUGGUUUAUCCACCCCCGGUAGUAAAUUAAGUCUUAACAAAGAAAUUUACGGAAAAUAUUUGUCUCCUUCAUCUUGUCUCCCGUCUUUAAGAAAAGCAUCAACAUCCAUUGUGGUAAAAGCAUCUUCGGACCAGAACCAACACGAAGGAAGAAGAGGCUUCCUAAAGCUGUUGCUUGGUAAUGCUGGACUUGCUUUGCCUGCUAUAGUUGGAACUGGAAAAGCUUUGGCCGAUGACCAAGAAGUAUCCUCUUCAAGAAUGUCUUACUCUAGGUUUUUAGAGUAUUUGGACAAGGAUAGAGUUCAAAAGGUGGAUCUCUACGAGAACGGUACAAUUGCUAUUGUCGAGGCUCUUUCUCCUGAGUUGGGUAACCGAGUACAGCGAGUUCGGGUGCAACUCCCAGGCCUUAGCCAAGAGCUUCUUCAGAAAUUUAGAGAGAAGAACAUUGAUUUUGCUGCACAUAAUGCUCAAGAGGAUUCCGGUUCUCUAUUGUUUAACUUGAUUGGAAAUCUUGCUUUUCCUUUAAUCUUAAUCGGAGGUCUGUUUCUUCUAUCAAGGAGAUCAGGUGGAGGGAUGGGCGGUCCAGGUGGUCCUGGUUUUCCCCUUAAUAUUGGUCAAUCCAAAGCCAAGUUCCAAAUGGAACCAAAUACUGGUGUUACCUUCGAUGAUGUUGCUGGAGUAGAUGAAGCGAAGCAAGAUUUUAUGGAAGUCGUGGAGUUCUUGAAGAAACCAGAGAGGUUUACAUCCAUUGGUGCUCGGAUUCCUAAAGGUGUUCUCCUUAUUGGUCCUCCAGGAACUGGAAAGACAUUGCUUGCCAAGGCAAUUGCUGGGGAAGCAGGCGUACCUUUUUUCUCAAUUUCAGGUUCUGAAUUUGUUGAAAUGUUCGUCGGUGUGGGUGCUUCUAGGGUUCGUGAUCUUUUCAAGAAGGCCAAAGAGAAUGCACCCUGCAUUGUAUUUGUGGAUGAAAUUGAUGCCGUUGGUAGGUCAAGAGGGGCUGGAAUCGGAGGUGGAAAUGAUGAAAGAGAACAAACCCUUAACCAACUUCUAACUGAAAUGGAUGGGUUUGAGGGCAACACAGGUAUUAUCGUUGUUGCAGCAACUAACCGUGCAGAUAUUCUAGACUCUGCCUUAUUGAGGCCUGGUCGUUUUGAUAGACAGGUAAUGGUUGAUGUCCCGGAUGUACGUGGACGUACUGAGAUCUUAAAGGUGCAUGGUAGCAACAAAAAGUUUGAAGGGGAUGUUUCCCUCGAAGUGGUAGCCAUGAGAACACCUGGUUUUAGUGGAGCUGAUCUUGCAAAUCUCUUAAAUGAGGCAGCUAUAUUGGCUGGUCGUCGUGGGAAAACUUCUAUUUCAUCGAAAGAAAUUGACGAUUCAAUUGAUAGGAUUGUUGCUGGAAUGGAAGGAACUGUUAUGACUGAUGGAAAGAGCAAAAGUUUGGUUGCAUAUCAUGAAGUUGGUCAUGCUAUUUGUGGAACUUUGACUCCAGGGCACGAUGCUGUUCAAAAGGUGACCCUAGUUCCACGUGGCCAAGCACGAGGGUUGACUUGGUUCAUUCCUUCAGAUGAUCCAACUCUGAUAUCUAAGCAACAACUCUUUGCCAGAAUAGUCGGUGGGCUUGGAGGUAGAGCAGCGGAAGAAAUAAUCUUCGGUGAGUCUGAGGUCACCACUGGUGCAGCUGGUGACUUGCAGCAGAUUACUGGUUUGGCAAAGCAAAUGGUAACCACAUUUGGAAUGUCCGACAUUGGUCCAUGGUCACUCAUGGACACCUCAGCUCAAAGCCAAGAUGUUAUCAUGAGGAUGAUGGCGAGGAAUUCAAUGUCAGAGAGACUAGCUGAAGACAUUGAUGUCGCAACUAAGCAGAUAUCAGACAAGGCAUACGAGAUCGCGUUAACUCACAUACGAAAUAAUCGUGAAGCCAUGGACAAGAUUGUCGAAGUCCUUCUUGAGAAAGAAACCGUGGGAGGAGACGAAUUCAGAGCAAUUUUGUCUGAAUUUGUUGAAAUUCCAGUUGAAAAUAGGGUUGAACCUGCAGCUAAAUCUGCUGUAGCUGUAUAAAUAUGAGAGAAAAGACGUACUGCAUUCAUCUCUAGCUUAAUUUGUUGUUCAGUAAAGUAAGUCCAUACAGUUCAUGUUUGGAUUUCGUGUAAGAUAAUCAAAUCUGUAUAAUCCUUUUUCCUGCUGUUUCCAGAAUCAAGAUCAUAAAUACACAUCCACUAAUUACAAAUC